AUCAAUCAAUCAUCGAUUCUAGUAACAAAACUUCAGUGGUAAAAAAUGUCAAUCAAAAUGGCUGAUUCGAUACGUAAAUGGAUGAAAUUAUUCUAUGUUAUGUUGACACGUGAUAUUCGGUCAAUAAUAUUAUUAGUAACAUUUCAGAUAAAAAUGUUUUGGUAUAAGCAAAAAAAUAUUGUUAUGUUACAUUUUUUUGAUGAAAAUGUACGGAAAUUUCCCGAAAAACCGGCAAUAUUCUAUAAAGAUGAACAAUAUACAUUUGAAAAUGUUUCGGAUUUAGCUAAUCGUAUUUCAAAUUGGAUUGAAUCAUCACUGAAACUUGGUCAUGAUGAUCAAUGGGAAUUAUUACAUAAAGUUUCGGUUAUUAGUAAUGAUGAACAACAACAGCAACAACAAGUUAAUAAUAACGGAAAAGAAAAUAUUAUACAAACAAAAAUCUAUCAACAAUUUAAUGAUAAUUUACAAACAACACAAAUCGGACUAAUGUUGGGUAAUAUACCGGAAUUGGCAAGUUUUUUAAUCGGUAUUGCACGUGUACGAUGUUCGGCAAUAAUGUUCAAUACAAAUCAUCGUCGUGAUACAUUGAUCAAUGCAUUCCAAGCAACCAAAUGUCAAAUAUUUAUAUUUGAAAGAAAAUAUUUACAAGCAAUUAAAGAUGUAGCCGAGAAUUUACCUGAUAUAAAAUUUUUUCUUUAUGAUCGUGAUUUAAUUAAACAACCGCAGCGACAACAAUCGAUUGAUAAAAAUUUACUUCAAAUUGACUUCAACUAUGAUGGUAUGACACGUAUGGAUCUCAUCAAUGUUUCGGUGGAUAAUGAUAAUGAAAAUGAAAAACAUUUACAAUUUUCAAAACUACUGCAAACAUAUCCAACAACAAGUGUAUUGAAAAAAUACCCAUAUAAAUUUACAGAUAAAAUGAUUUAUAUAUUUACAUCUGGUACAACUGGUGGUAAUAUAAAAGCAUCACCAGCAGAUAAUGUUAGACAAAUUGCAUCAUAUUUUUCACAAUGUCGUGCAUUUGAUCUAAAUUCAAAUGAUAAUAUCUAUAUUUGUUUACCUUGUUAUCAUUCAUUUGCCGGUAUUACUGGUCUUGGUUAUAUGUUUAUUGGUGGUAUAACAAUUACAUUGGCGGAUAAAUUUUCAGCAACAAAAUUCUGGAAAGAUUGCUGUCAAUAUCAAUGUACGGCAGCCAUUUAUAUUGGUGAAACAUGUCGAUAUUUAUUAGCACAACCAUAUCGUCAGGAAGAAACACAACAUUCAUUACGUAUUAUGAUGGGACCUGGUAUGAAACGUGAAAUUUGGCGCGAAUUUCAAACAAGAUUUCAUAUUCGGCGUAUUGGAGAAUAUUAUGGAUCUACCGAAGGAAAUGUUCAAACAUUCAACAUGACUAAUGUUGAAGGAUCAUGCGGAUUUAUCCCCUAUUAUUAUGGAAUUUUAUGUAGACUUUUAUUUCAUGUUUAUCUAAUUAAAGUUGAUCCUGAAACAAUGGAAUUGGAACGUUGUCGUCGUAAUGGUUUGUGUAAAUUUGCUAAACCCGGUGAAACUGGUAUGUUAGUUGGCCAAAUAAGACCUGGACAUUCAUUUUCCGAAUUUCUUGGCUAUACAUCAACAAAAGAAUCAACAAAAAAAAUUAUACGUAAUGUUCGUACAAAAGGAGAUUUUGCAUUUGUUUCUGGUGAUCUUAUGGAAAUGGAUUUUUAUGGUAAUCUUUAUUUUAAAGAUCGAACCGGUGAUACAUUUCGUUGGAAAGGUGAAAAUGUUUCAACAACCGAAAUUGAAGAUAUUAUUUCACAAUUUACUAAACAUCAAGAUUGUGUUGUUUAUGGUGUUACGGUACCUGGUUAUGAUGGUCGUGCCGGUAUGUUAGCCACUAAUGAUCGUCAAUUAAAUUUGGAUAGAUUUUAUCAAUUUAUGUAUGAACGCGUACCGGAUUAUGCUAUACCAAAAUUCAUACGUAUUACAGAUGAUAUACAAAUGACAUCUACAUUAAAAUUUAUUAAAUAUCCAUUACGUAAAGUUGGUUUUGAUUUGAAACAAACAAAACCAAUGGAUCAACUUUAUUAUUGGAAUUGUCAACAAUCCAAAUAUCUUCCAAUUGAUAGUGAAACAUAUGAUAAAAUACUGAAUGGACAGAUAAAAAUUUCAUAAAAAGAAAAAAUUCAAAAAUUUUCAAAAAAUUUCAAAAAAAAAUCCCUAGUUAAUACCGAUAGACACAAAUAGAUGGCGUAACCUGUUCUACAAAAA